GAUGUCUGUGUCACUGUAUGGUACUGUGCAGUGCCGCACAACCUAUCCGGGUUUUGCUGAUGACUUCUUGCGACACGGCCAGACAUCUCACUGAGUGCUACUACCAGCGGUGCUUCAACUGUUCGAUCCUCCUCUCGGUAGUGUUUUCAAUCUUCAGCCAUUUCACUCAUAUACAAACCUAACAGACACUGCUGCUCCAUAUUGUAUCACUUGUGCAUCUGUAUCCCAGACUGCCGGUACACUUCUAUUUGACUAUACUAUGCACAUCCAAGUCCUAAUCAAGUACCAUACUUUAGCAGGCUCGCAUGCCAUUUACCUAUGAUGAUGAAUGUCAGCUCCAGUUUUGAGCUCACUGUUUACCUAUGACGAUGAAUGUCAGUUCCAGUUUCCAACUUCUCGUUCCAGAUGUCAUCGAUCGUCCUUGUGAUGUCCUCAAUUCCCUGUAUUGGUGCAGUCCUGUUUAUGCUCACCAAACUUGCUGAUCGUUCGGCUGUGAUUGUCAGAAAGUCAAACAGCGUGUCAUGCGUAGUAAGAGAUGGAGUGAACUCACAUGAACCAGUGAAGGUACCUCGUACCAUGCAGCAUGCCGAUCCCAACAAAUAAACGAGAGAGGGCCACAGAGGGAUAGGUGUGUAAACUUGUUGAUCGUUCAGAUGAACCAGUGAAGGUACCUCGUACCAUGCAGCAUGCUGAUCCCAACGAAGAAACGAGAGAGGGCCACAGAGGGAUAGGCGUGAUGAACCAGCGAGGGUACCCUCAUACCGUGCAGCAUGCUGAUCCAACGAAUAAACAAGAGAGGGCCACAGAUGGAUAAGCGUGGACGGAGCACUCGCGAGCCUCUCCUGCGU